GAAAAGUUUACACCCUCCGAAGCUGCGCUCUCGCUCUCUCUUCCACCCACCUCUUCCCGCGUCUGCGCCGCUGGGAGUUUUACCUGGAAUGACAGAAGUUUUUUUCUUCCCCUUCAAAAAAUAUUUGGGCAAGGGUGUCUCCUUUUGAAAAAUAUAAUAAAACCUGCUGGCUCCAACGCUCCCCGGCCUCUCCCUCCUGCCCUCUAAUGUGACGGAACGGGGCAAGCCUCUCUCCAGACCGCCUUGCUGGGGGAGAGCGAGCUGUCACCGAGGAGGUGGUGAUCCGAGUGGACUUGACCGUUUCCAGCGGCGCGGCCCCGGGGGAGAGGCUGCAACGACCCGCUGGCUGCCGCCGCGCCUGCCCGGGAGUUGCGUGUGAGACUGGGGCGACCCCCCGCGGCCCGCUGCCAGGAUUUAACCCCAACUCGCCUCCGGAGACUAGAUCCGCCGCUGCCGUUGCCGUUCGUCCCUGGUCACCCGACGCUUCUGGGGGGAGGGGGUCCUGUCGAGCUGGAGGGGUCUUGCCUCCUCCGGCCAUUGCACGUCGCGGGGAGGAAGAAUGAAGGAGGAAGUUGAAUGAAGUGGUGCAAAAUUGAUAAAUACAUGCCAUGAUUUGCCACAAGUGGCUUCAUUUAUGGAGACCAAAGGCUAUCACAGUUACCCAGAAAGCCUAGAUAUGGAGAGACGCUGGAGUCAAGGUUCCCAGUCUAUGGAGUGUACUUCUUCAGGAGAACAGGCUGAAGAAAGUAACAACUAUAUGGAGAUUCUAAAUGUGAGCUGUGUUUCUGGUGCUUUUCCAAAUAGCAACGCUCAAGGAAGCAACAAAGAAAAACCUGAACUACUUUCUUGCAUUCAGCAAGACCAUAGCCAGCCUGGUAUUUCAAUAUCUGAUAUAAAAACUGAGCCGGACUCAAAGGAACUUUCUGCAACUGUAGCUGAAUCAAUGGGCUUGUACAUGGAUUCUGUAAGAGAUGCUGAUUUUACCUAUGAUCAGCAAAGUCAACAAGGAAACAUAAAUCAUGGAAAGAUGUAUCAAAAUGUUGAGCAACUGGUAAAAUUAUACAAGGAGAAUGGCCAUCACACCUCACCCCAGAACACUUCAAGCAGGCCCCUGAGACCUCUAAUAUCAGACUCUGCAAGCUCUAUGAAUGGUGGCAUCAUUCCAGCGAUUGUCAAAAGCCCCAGAGUGUGUCAAGAGAAGAGUCCUUCAGACUGUAGUCCUCAAAACAUCACUUCUCCAGUGUGCAGUCCUCCUGGAAUUAAUUCUGUAUCUUCAACUACUCCUACUAAUUUUGGAAAUUUCACAGUAAACAGCCCAGUAACCCAGGGAACACCUUUGUCAUGCUCUCCCAACAUUGAGAACAGAGGGUCAAUGUUGCACAGUCCUGCACAUGCUAGUAAUGUGGGUUCUCCCCUUUCUAGUCCUAUCAGUAGUAUGAAAUCUCCAAUUUCAAGUCCUCCUAGUCACUGUAGUGUGAAAUCGCCAGUUUCAAGUCCUAAUAACAUCACUAUGAAAUCUUCAAUGCCCAGCCCUGCAACUAUGAACUCCAGGUGCUCUAUUGCCAGCCCUUCUAAUGCCAAUAAUAGAUCCUCUCUGUCUAGUCCAGCUGUUAGUACUAUAGGGUCCUCUAUGUGUAGUCCAGUAAAUGGUGCACUAGCCUUUCCCUCAACUAGUAUACCUGUUGGAUCUGGCACAGACCAAGAUAUUGUUCCUAGUCCAAAUACAAAAGAUAAAGGUGCUUCAGAAAUCAUAUUUCCUAAAAUAGAGGAAAUGGAAAAUGCCAUCUCUAACAAUGAAGUAACUAAUCAAAUGAAUCUUGUUCAGUUUAUAAAAACUGAACCAGAUGGGGUGUUUAGUAGCUCAUGUCUUGGAGACAACAGCAAAAUUAGUUCUGAUUCCCCAUUUUCAGUAUCAAUAAAGCAUGAAAUAACUAAACAUUCUUGUUCUGGUGCUUCUUUCAAAGGGAAUCAAACUGUAAAUCCAUUUCCAUUUAUGGACGGAUCAUAUUUUACUUUUAUGGAUGACAAAGACUACUAUUCGCUUUCUGGGAUUUUAGGACCACCUAUUUCAUCGUUUGAUGGCACUUGUGAAAGUAGUGGGUUUCCAAAUCCAGGCCUCCCUGGAAGAAUUAAGCAGGAGCAUGAAGACAGCAGCUAUUAUCAAGAGAACACUCUGCCAUCUUCAGCAAUCAUUGGUGUGAAUUCAGGAGGUCAGUCAUUUCACUAUAGGAUCGGAGCUCAAGGCAGAAUCUCAUUAUCACGACCUGUUGGUAGAGAGCAGUCUUAUCAGCAUAUUAGCUCGUUUGCUCCAGUAAGUACUCUUGUGGAGACGUGGAAACAGCAUGCCGACAUGUCCACCAGAAGAAAUGAUGGGUAUCCCGUUCUAGAAUACAUUCCAGAAAGUGUAUCAAGCUCUUCAUUAAGAAGUGUAUCAUCAGGAUCCUCCAGACCCUCCAAAGUGUGUUUGGUGUGUGGGGAUGAAGCAUCUGGAUGCCAUUAUGGAGUAGUUACUUGUGGCAGCUGUAAAGUAUUCUUCAAGAGAGCCGUGGAAGGUAAAUCCUCAUGGCAGCACAAUUAUUUAUGUGCAGGGAGAAAUGACUGUAUAAUUGAUAAGAUUCGGAGGAAAAACUGCCCAGCUUGCCGAUUACAGAAAUGUCUUCAAGCUGGAAUGAAUUUGGGAGCUCGAAAGUCGAAGAAGCUGGGCAAGUUAAAAGGGAUGCACGAAGACCCACAACAGCAAGCACAGCAGCCGCCUCCUCAGAGUCCAGAAGAAGGGACUACGUAUAUUGCUCCAGCAAAAGAGCCUUCUGUAAACACAGCACUCGUCCCUCAACUGUCUGCAGUUUCAGCAGCACUUACUCCCUCACCUGCCAUGGUUCUGGAGAACAUUGAACCUGAAAUUGUAUAUGCAGGAUAUGAUAGUUCGAAGCCAGAUACGGCAGAGCACCUGCUCUCCACUUUAAACCGUCUCGCUGGCAAGCAGAUGAUUCAGGUGGUUAAAUGGGCAAAGAUACUUCCAGGCUUUAGAAACUUGCCUCUUGAGGACCAAAUUACUCUAAUCCAGUAUUCUUGGAUGUGUCUAUCAUCAUUUGCCUUGAGCUGGAGAUCUUACCGACAUACAAACAGUCAGUUCCUGUAUUUUGCUCCCGACUUGGUCUUUAAUGAAGAGAGGAUGCGCCAAUCUGCAAUGUUUGAACUGUGCCAGGGAAUGCACCAGAUCAGCCUUCAAUUUGUUCGCUUGCAACUUAGCUUUGAAGAAUACACCAUUAUGAAAGUGCUGCUGUUAUUAAGCACAGUUCCCAAGGAUGGCCUCAAAAGUCAAGCUGCGUUUGAAGAAAUGAGGGCAAAUUAUAUUAAAGAACUGAGGAAAAUGGUAACUAAACAUCCAAACAGUUCUGGGCAAAGCUGGCAGCGCUUUUACCAACUGACAAAACUCUUGGACUCCAUUCAUGAUCUUGUUAGCGAUUUGUUGGAAUUCUGUUUCUACACCUUCCGGGAGUCCCAAGCUCUGAAAGUGGAGUUUCCAGCCAUGUUGGUAGAAAUUAUCAGUGAUCAGUUGCCGAAGGUGGAAUCUGGAAAUGCCAAGCCCCUCUACUUCCACAGGAAGUGACAGAUGUCUUAAUGGAAAAAGAAAACUUUGCCUUAAGUUUCCCUGUGCUAUUCUACACCCAUGAAGGACCCAAGAAACCACAUUUAAAAUAUGCUAUACAAAAAUUGUUCAAAAGUUUGACUAGUCUAAAAACCACAGGAAGAGUUUGGAGGCUGGAAAGAAGUUUAUGUGAACUUGACGAAGUCGUCAAGAUGGUUAAAGAACUAUUACCAUACUCCCAAUACACCAACAUUUAGGGAAAAUAUGUUCCUGUUCCUCUGGAUGAAAAGCCAUAUCUAGUCAAAUAACUCUUUGAUUUUGAUAUUUUAAGAGAUGAACAUUUUAAAUAUGCCAUGUAGUUUCUGGUAUUGUUUGCUUGUUUCAAAAAGGCGUCAAGGACUAAGAUGAACUUUUAAAAGCUUACCGUUGGUUUGCACAUUAAACAAAGUCAAUAUGGGGCAUUAAUUCUUGUACUAUAUACAUGCAUACACACACACACACACACAGACAAAAAAACAACAACCCUGGAUGUGUAAAAUAGAUGAAGCAUUUGGUGUGGAAUAAUCUUGGUAUCUCUAUCUGCGGCAUUUGUUAUCCCAUAUUAUCCAUCAUAAGAUGAUCUACACUGUGUUAAGUGUUCAUUUAUUAUUUAACUUGAAAGGAUAAAAUGUUAAAACAAAUGCCUCUGUUUCAGUUUAUGGUAUCUAUUGUGCUGGCUUUACCAAUAAUUUUUCGCAGUCUUUUGCUGUACUGUACAUUGCUGUAUGUAUAAAUUGAAGGACCUGAAAAAAAAAGGUAUAAGGAACUUUUGUAAAUGAGACCUAAAAUCUUUAAUGGUUAAUAGGAUGAAUGGGAAAGUAUUUUUGGAAGAAUUCUAUUUUGCUGGAGACUAUUUAAUUACUCUUUUUGUCUAAACACACAAGGUAAUUUUUUUUGUAAAGUGAAUUGUUCUGCAUGCAUAAUGAACCGUUUACAGUGUAUUUAAGAAAGGGAAAGCUGUGCCUUUUAGUAUCAUAUCUAAUUUCCCAUCUAACAGUGUCUGUUGUAAAUAACCACCCGUAACCAUUUCCAGUUGUAUUUUGCAUUCUUUUCUAAAUGUUUUCAUUCAUAUUUCUACUCUCCCUUUUCCUCAGCAUUUUAUCUGCUGCUUUUCCAUGGCUCGAGCACGCUAAGUUUUGCUUUGUGUCUCUGGCUAGCUUUGCAGAUAAAUGCACAUUUCAUCUACCAAGAUAAACUCCAAAGGGCACAAUCUUUCAAAAAGAUGUCCCAUUGAUGUGAACCCAGCUGUGUAAGAGUAUAGGCCAAUUGAAGAGAUGGUCUUUCUAGGCUGUGACCAGAACCUCCUCAAAGACUUGUCAGUUCCAGUAUGAAGUGAGGUUAUACCUGCUUCUCUGAUUUACUCAAAGGCCAUAGUCCAGCGCACAGGCAAAUUUGGCAAUUGGUUUCAGUGGGAAUUUUUUGGCACCUAACGCUAUGCUAGAUUGUGGCCAAAGAGAUCAAGAUAAAUAUAUAUUUUAAGUGUCAUCCCUUGUUUUCCUUUUUCAAUCUGGAAUGUAUGUAAAUUACAAAAAAAAUUGAGAUAAUAAAUCCUAAUAUUAAACGUUAUGUUCUGCUAGGAAAAGAUAAUAAUUUAUCACGUGUUCUAGGUAGAUUUGGAUUUAUAUUUGUGAUUGGGGGAUGCUGUUGGCAUAUUUGGAUAGGGUUCAACACCUAGAUACAAAACCAGGUUAUUUACUUUUAUAUCCCACUGAUUUUAGUACCAUUUCCUUGCAUGUAGUUGCAUUUAGGAUUGUCAUCUCAAUAUAGUCAAGUAAUUGUAAUUUUUUAACACUUUUAUAAAUUGGCCAUAAAAACAGAACUAACGAACACUGACAUGAAUUUUUUUCUGAUCUUACUGAUUUGGACAUUUUUAUGAGGACAUUUUAUGAGCGUAGAUUAUAAGGACAGGUCUUGUGGUGCAAGGAGUCGUUUAUGAUCCAAGGCAUAAAGCAUUCCAUUUUGGGAAUACUUUACACUUUGGAUCAUAAACAACAAAAACUCUUCCAGUGAUCACUGCUAGGGGCAUUCAAUUUAAACGGGAGAAAAUAGCCAGUCAUACUUUUCUGAAUCUGUGGCCAGGCAGAGGUUUAUGGUUAAGCUGAAAUAUGAAAAAGUCUUAACUACAGCUGGCAUCCCAUGAGAUAUGUUCAAAGCCUGACUUGCUUUCUUCAUGGAAGAACAGAUUCCCACAAAGUAUCACUAACUGUUUCUGAAGUAUCUGCACUUUCUAAAGCUAUUUGCCAUACAAUUGGGGGGGGGGGGGCACCUUUUCAAGAAAUAGAAGCCUAAAGUCUACUAGGCUCAUGAGAUAAUUUUAUGAUUCACCAAAUUAGUUUCCAGAUUCACAACGGGUGAGACGUUUUUGCAUCUAAUAAAAAAGAUGCAAACUUUUCCCUUUUUUUAAUUUCAUGAGAAAUCUGCAUAAGGCUAUACAGGGGAAUGAUCAAUAUAAACAAUUAGACAUGCAUAUAUUAUUUACCGUUUUAGAACGUUAAUUCACAAAUCAGCUCCUUUGAUCUGCACAGCAAUAUGAAAGCCACACUUCCAAAGUGAUUAAAAUACACAGCAUGCGGACUGGAUGUUUAUAGUUUUCACAAAUAUCCCUUUCAUUUUCUUUUUUUAAAAAACCACACUAAAAUUGGAGUUUGGAUUAUCCAGGUUUAUGGUAAAUGCAGUAUGCUGCUGCUUUUUUAUUAACAAAGUUACUGAAUAUUUUCUAUCUCUAAGUAACUUUGAUUAAAAUACUAAAGCCAUAUUCUUUUUUUAAAAAAGAAUCUACUGUUAAAGGUUUGUCCCAAUUCACACUGUUGUCUGUUUGCUCUUAUUUUUUUGUACCUUACUGCAUUUAAUCUUGGUUUGGUACAAUUCAUAAGUCACAGAAAUGUCAUAUAAUUAAAACACUAAAUUAGUUUAAAAAAUAAUUUAUAUCUUUAUGCAAAAUAUGUCUGUCUUUGCAAAUAAUUGUAAACAGAUUAUAAUAAAUCCUUUACUUUAAUCACCUAUUCAUGAAACUAUUGAUUAUUGCUUAGAAAAAUCAUUAAAAUAAUUAAAUUUAAAAAUGGAAAAAUACCAGGAGUACAUUGUACUUAGAAUGAAAUAGGCAUCUUGUCUCCUGCAAAAUAAGAUAAACUAAACUUCAAACUGUCAUUCUUUUUUUCAAAUCGUAAAUUGUGUUGAUUGAGUGUAAUGAUUUUGUGGCAAUGACUGAAGAUAUACAACAAGAACAUUGUAUUCAUAAGUAAAAAUGUAAAAUAGUUUUAAUUUGCUGCAGUGGGUUAUCUCAAGAAUAAUAUUGCAUUGCAGUGUGUAACCCCUCUUGUUGCACAGAACAAAACAGAACAAGGACUAAAAGCUUGCAAUAUCAAAACCUUAAUAAAAUAUACUUUAUAAUCAAUAAUGCAAAAAUCUAAUUCACAGGGUGGUAUUUUCACUGACUUAAAAAAAACCUUUAUGAAUUUAAACCAUUCUACAUUUAAUGCACUUUUAAUUGUCUAUUAAAGAUGUGACUGAGAGAAAGAGAGAAAGAGAGAGACUCUGAGAAGCGGGGUGUGUAAAGGUGGGGGAGUGCAAUUUUAUCUGGCAGAUGAGCCACCUGAUAGGCAGCCGUUACAAUGCCGGAUACUCACAAUAAUGUUUCAGAGUACAUGGAGUCAAACAGCACACACCUCUGGGAACUCAGCACAUCAAGGGCCUUGUGCAGAAGGAGGGAGGGGGUUGUGUACUAAUAAUGAUAUAUUACUGGAUGAAAAAUAAAAAGCAGCCAGCACUAUGGUGUAAAACAGCAAAAUCUAUGCAUAAUGAUGCAUUAAUAAUUAGGGGCUUGCUUCUGUAUGUUUAAACUUUUUUGAAUAAAUAGAAAAUUACUGUUUGGCCUUUAUGUUAAUGUCUUUAAGAACAUAAUUUUUUAUAAGUUGUACAAAUAUACAUGAAUUAAAAUGGUGUGAUUCCAGGUA